AUGCCCAUCCGCGUCAAGCUAAAGAAGGUGCCCAAGCCUCGCGAGCCCUCUCCUGGGCCAUCGAACUAUGUUUACGUCGACCUUCCCGAAAUCCGCGAAGGCGAUAGCUUCCGCGAUGUUAUCAAGGCUCUCUCUCGAUAUUUCACUGCCGUCAUCACCUUGCCGCACACCCUUGAGCAGCUGAGGACCUCUGCUGCCGGCAGCGAACUUCGCUCGCUGGUUGAUCAUUUGGCCUUGAAUUGUUCGAACCCGACCAUUGUCAACGCCUUGCUAGCCUUGAAAUGGCAUUAUGGAGCGGAUGGUAAAACUCGCGACCUCAGCACCGCGCGUGCCUACGCCUGCGAGAUCGUCGCUUGGCGAUUCCUCUCCCGUCUCUCAGAGCGUGAAGCCGUUGACUACUGCCUCUACGAGAUUCCCGAGCUUGACCUACCCGAUCCCAUACCGGAGACAAUCCAGGAAGAGUUCAGCUUCGAGCACUCUCCCCUCCUGCCCCAUUCCAAUGGCUCUCAUGGCAGGCGUACGAUGACCACCACGGUCAGCUCCGUCAAGCGGGGCCAGCUUCUCCAGUCCCUGUCGCGCUUGACAGCUAGCUUCAACAUCGAGGAGGGCCAGGAAGAGGAAGAGGAGGACCCAACCGCCCCUUUCCGCGGCCUCAAUGCCCUUGAGAUCGCCGCCAUCUCCAACUCGAAGCAGUUCCUCGCCCAGGGCGUCGUCCAAAAGAUCCUCACCGCCAUCUGGAACGGAGACAUCGUCUUCUGGGACCAGCUCUCCGUCUACGCCACCAAGAAGCCCCGCUACUACAACCCUGCCACCGCCGAUCCCUUCUGCCGCUUGCGUGUCCCCAAGUACCUCAAGAUUUGGGAAAUCUUCUUUUUCCUCAUGUUCAUGGCCCUGUACUACACUGUUCUUGUGGAACGUGACAUCGAAGUCAUCACCGGCACAGAGUACAUUCUCUACAUCUUGCUCGGCGCCUUCCUCUACGAUGAGAUUAGCGCCUGGAGGGAUGCGGGUUCCAUUUUCUACACGUCAGACAUAUGGAAUCUGUUCGACAUGAUUAUGAUUAUCCUCGGUAUCACCUUUGCUGUCCUGAAAAACAUCGGCAUCUACACGCACACACCAGAAGCUGUCGAAGUCGCCUUUGAUAUCUUUGCUCUUGAAGCCCUCUUUAUGGUCCCUAGAAUUUGCUCUUUCCUCAGCCUAAGUCCUUACUGGGGCACGCUCAUUCCUUGCUUCAAGGAAAUGGCCAAGGAUUUUGUCAAGUUUAUGAUUUUGGUCAUCAUCGUCUAUUGCGGUUUCCUGACCACCUUCUCGCUUAUCGGCCGAAAUUCCUUUACGUUUUCUCGCAUGACCAUGAUCCUCACCAAGAUCUUUUUCGGCUCUAGCGGAACGGGUAUUGAAAUUAUGGACGACAUCGACCCCGUCUUCGGCCCGCCUCUUAUGCUCCUCUUCAUCUGCCUCAGUUCGUUUUUGCUGACUGGCUCCCUCACCGGUAUGCUGUCCAACAGCUUCUCCCGCGUCAUCACCCAGGCCAGAGAAGAGUACCUCUUCGUCUACAGCAUCUACGUCCUCGAGGCGUCAACUAGCAACCGCCUGACCCACUUCCUCCCUCCAUUCAACCUCGUCUCCUUCUUCAUCUUCCGUCCUCUACGCUUCUUUUUCCAUUCGGAGACCAAGUUCCGCGCAGGUCGCAUCGCACUGCUCAAGAUCACCCACGCACCCGUCGUCGGCGCCAUCAUGUUGUACGAGUCUCUUCGCCGCAGGAACGCGCAGGACGAGUUUGCCGGCUUCAAGGGUCCUAGCUUCAACCAGGAGGAUACCCUCCGACCCAGCCACGGCCAGGGUUCGACCGGAGAUGGCAAAUCAUCGCGGGUCAAUGACAUGGCGAGCAAGAUUGAUCGCCUCACAUUGAUAAUCCUCAACAUGCAGGAGAAGGAAGACGAGUACCGUCAGCAACUGCAACGGGAGAAGGAAGAGAGAGAAAAGAGGGAAGCAAAGGAGAAGGAAGAAAGAGAACAGAAGGAAGCGAAGGAGAAGGAAGAGAGAGAAAAGAGGGAAGCGAAGGAGAAGGAAGAAAGAGAACAGAGUGAGGCUAAGGAAAAGGAGGAAAAGGAGACAAAGGAAAGAGAGGAAAAGGAAAGGAAGGCGAAGAAGGAGCAGCAAGAUCGAGAGGAGAAGGAGAAGAAGGAACAAGAAGAACGAGAAGCAAGGGAGAAGAAGGAACAAGAGGAAAAGGCAGAGAAGGAGAGGAAGGAGCAGCAGGAGAAAGAGGAGAAGCAGAAGAAGGAACAAGAAGAGAGGGAGGCAAAGGUGAAGAAGGAGCAGGAGGAGAAGGAGAAGAGGGAGCAAGAGGAGAAGAAGAAGAGGGAGCAAGAGGAGAAGGAGAAGAAGGAGCAAGAGGAAAAGGAAAAGCGGGAACAGGAGGAAAAGGAGAAGCGGGAACAGGAGGAGCAGGCGAAGAAGGAGCAGGAGGCAAAGGAGGACGAUGACCAAAAGCCCUCAGACGAGUAA